GUGAUGAUGAAUGCAAAGACAUGGGUAGAGGGAUUUAUCGGCUUUGGUCCUUUACGAAGUUCCUGUCUAAUUACUUUGGUAGUUAUGGUUGGUGGAGGGGAAUUGGACCAGAUGAAGGAUUACAGGCCUCCCUUGUAGCUAGAGAUUGGUGCUCUCCUCAAAUGCUGCUGCAACAUAGGAUUUCCAGUGGAUUUGACGGAUUCAUUCGGUUUCUGUUUGUAUCCCUUUUCUCUUCUAGAUUCCCAGACUACUGUUAUACUAACAAUGCACUUGGAGGGAAGGGAGAUUGCUUGCAAGACUUGGGGGAAGGGGAUUUUGACAAAUAUGGCAGGGAUGUUAUUGUGAUAUGCUCUUGAAAUUUUGAUGAAAAUGUAUUGUCAUAAUAUAAAUGAUAUCUUCAAAAUCUUGGCA